AGCCACCAAAGAAAUAAAACCACUCCUCUUUUUCCCCCUGUUUUAGCCACUCUACCCGAAGUAACCCCGCCGAUUCAUCGAUCUGCUAAAAUGGAAAAUGGCUGCGCGGAAUCGACGCCGCCGCGGCCUAAGGUAGGAGUGGCGGUGUUCCUGUUAAAUGGGAAUAAGGUGCUCUUAGGACGGCGCCUCUCUCCCGUCGGCUACAACACCUUCGCCCUUCCCGGCGGCCACCUCGAGUUCGGGGAGAGUUUUGAAGAAUGUGGGGCAAGAGAGGUAAGAGAAGAGACAGGACUAGACAGUGACAAAGUUGAGUUCUUAACAGCCAUCAACAAUGUGAUGGUCCCAGAGAGAGUUCAUGUUGUCUGUGUGCUCCUACGGGCAACCAUUCCUCCAGGGCAGAACACAGUGCCCCAAAAUCUGGAGCCAGACAAGUGUGGGGGUUGGGACUGGUAUGACUGGGACAACCUCCCAAACCCUCUCUUCGGACCCUUGGAGGACGCCCUCCGGUCUGGUCUUAAUCCCUUCCCUCCAAAACUCUUACUAUCCUAAAAACAAAAGUCAAGAUGAUUUUGUCUUUUAGAACAUUUGAUAAUUACGAUUUUGUUUUCUCUUCUCGAUACUUUUUGUUUGUUUACGCGAUUUCAUUAAGUAUUUGGUGAAAUAAAAUAUUCUUGCCACCUCUUGUUUUGUAGAACUUUUGACGUAGUUUUUUAAUAUGUAAUUUUUAUUUCUUAUUGAUAUACUGAUUUGUAAAUAAAAAGAUUUCAAAAAGUGAUAUAUUUCUCCUUGUAAACACCAAUUUGUAAUCAAAUUGGGGAUGGAGG